GGCGUAGAAUUAGGGAUAGGGCAAAACUUAAACGAAAUUAAUUACAACCCACUUUUAAUUAUUAAAAAAAACCCAAUAUUUAUUGAAGAAGAAGACACCGGUAUUGGGCAGCCACCUCCAAACGAAAAGCCAUCGGUAUUUUUUUACAUUCCCUUCGGAUAA